UUGUCAGGUGGCGCUGCUAUGGAAAGAUGAGAUCAGAAAGCUGACGAAUGGAAGCUGUUCCUGAGUGGUCAUUUCGGUAAUAGUGGCUCAAACAAACAUUGCGCGAUAUCAACCCCCCAUAUACGGUCUCCAUUGGUUGGGGCAACAAACUGCUUAUGCACCGAACAAAUACUUUUAAAGAAAUGUCCAUGCAGUAGCAAUACAACGCAGACUUUCCUCGGCGUUUUCAGCUCGAGAGCUCCAGCAUGUCUAAGCGACGCUCUUUGGAGAGGGGGGCCGGAGAGACCUCAGUCAGGGCCAGCAAGCUCCUCUGUCCUGGAAUAGCUGGAAGCAACGCCAAGAGGGCAGGUCCCUUUGUCCUGGGGCCUCGUUUGGGGAACUCGCCCGUGCCAAGCAUAGUGCAGUGUCUGGCCAGGAAGGAUGGGACGGAUGACUUCUACCAGCUAAAGAUCCUGACGCUGGAGGAGCGGGCAGACGCGGCCGGGGAGACCCAGGAGGAGAGGCAGGGGAAGAUGCUGCUGCACACCGAGUACUCCCUCCUCUCGCUGCUCCAUAACCAGGACGGAGUGGUGCACCACCAUGGCCUGUUCCAGGAUCAGGCGUACGAGAUUGUGGAGGACCCGGAGGCUAACAAUGGCAAGGUGCGCCGACUGAAGAAGCGGAUCUGCCUGGUGCUGGACUGCCUCUGUGCGCACGACUUCAGCGACAAGACUGCGGACCUCAUCAACCUGCAGCACUACGUCAUCAAGGAGAAGCGGCUGAGCGAGCGCGAGGCCAUCGUCAUCUUCUACGACGUGGUGCGCGUGGUGGAGGCCCUGCACAAGAAAAACAUUGUGCACCGAGACCUGAAGCUUGGAAACAUGGUGCUGAACAAACGGACUCAUCGGAUUACCAUCACCAACUUCUGCCUGGGCAAGCACCUGGUGAGCGAGGACGACCUGCUGAAGGACCAGCGAGGAAGUCCAGCCUACAUCAGCCCUGACGUACUGAGUGGCCGGCCAUACCACGGUAAGCCCAGUGACAUGUGGGCCCUUGGCGUGGUGCUGUUCACUAUGCUCUACGGCCAGUUCCCCUUCUACGACAGCAUACCUCAGGAGCUGUUCCGCAAGAUCAAGGCUGCAGAGUACUCUAUCCCAGAGGACGGGCGUGUGUCGGAGAACACUGUGUGUCUUAUACGGAAGCUGCUGGUGCUAGACCCCCAGCAGAGGCUGACCGCUGCCGAGGUCCUGGAGUCUCUCAGCGGCAUUAUUGCCUCAUGGCAGUCAGUAUCCUCUUUGACCGGUCCUCUUCAGGUUGUACCGGACAUCGAUGACCAGGUCAGCCACCCAGAGCAUCUCCAGGAGGUGAAAAUGAUGGAGGAGUCGUCGCAGUACGAGUUUGAGAACUACAUGCGCCAGCAGCUGCUGCUGGCUGAGGAGAAGAACACUAUUCACGAGGCCAAGGCCAGCUUCCUCGCCAAGCGCCAGUUCAGCGCCAUCCCGCCCGUGCGGCGCUUGGGCCACGAUGCCACACCCGUCAGCCCUCUUGAUGCCGCCAUCCUGGCCCAGCGCUUCCUCCGGAAGUAGCCCCUUCACCCAUCACCUUGCCCUCUGGGGGACAAGUGGGGUGGGGGACACAAGGGUUGGGUCGGGAAGGUACCCUGAAACUGAGAAUAUCUAUGGGAGCUUAGCCCCAGCCUGACCCUCCCUUGGAUAGAGGGGUCCCUAGCUGUGGUGAGUUAGGUAGGUGGAGUGGGAAUAGACAUGGGGGGGGCAGAACUGAUCACUCACCUGACAACCUCUCAUAGUUUUCACACUUCAAGUCUGGGUGUUGGUUGUGUGCACAGGAAUGGCAUGGCUGGAGAAUCUGAAGAUCUCAACCAAAGGCUCCCACUGAACCCCCCCCCCCUUAGCCAGCCAGCUAUGGGCACAUAUGGACUCAGCCAGCCAGCUAUGGGCACAUAUGGACUCAGCCAGCCAGCUAUGGGCACAUAUGGACUCAGCCAGCCAGCUAUGGGCACAUAUGGACUCAGCCAGCCAGCUAUGGGCACAUAUGGACUCGUACAGGCCAGGGGGAUACCAGACACGCGUGUGUGUUUGGACAUGAAAAGCCCCCCCCCCCCAAUUUGUUUCCCUCCGCUGAGACCUGGCCAUCACCCUCCUACCUACCCCCACUUAUUCUUGAAAACCCUGAGCAAUACAGGGCCAGUAGAACCAUGUAGCAACCUUCCUCUAACCUCUCUCCCCUCAACUCUCCAAACUGAGAUCACUUGAUCAUGGACGUAAUUCACUCUCUUUAGUUUCCUCAUAACCAAAAUGAUCUGGACUAGUCCCGUCUCUAAACUGACGACUUCAAAUCUACCUCUCUCAAUCUUUAUUUUUAAUUGUAUUUUUUUGUGUGCAUUUUACAUCAUGUCCACCAUUCUCGGAAAACAAGGAAUUGUCGGGGUAGUGUUGUCACCGUAGACAGAAAGCAUUACUAUGUUUUGGUGCAUAAAGGUUUGGAAUGUGGAAUAUGAAUAAGCUUUUUUCCUUAUGACUAAUAACUAGCAUUUUACCCGUCUAUCUAUUCUACAUUGAAAAUGCUAACUAUCAAAGGGUGGCCAAAUCGCCUACUUCUAAGUAGCAGAUUGCAUUGUUUUCUUGCUUUCGCUCUCACCCCCUGUGGAACCAUUGUUUUGCAUUUAGGUGUCAAAAAGCCACGUUAUUUAAGCCCAGUGAGUCAGUGCAGACCCUUAAACUAGCCAUCCUUCCCUAUCUUGCCUGCCUCAGUUGCUUGCACAUACUGAGACCAUACAGGCUUUUCUAAGACUGGCUGGACUGAAUGUGUCCGCUAUGAAAGAUGGGCAUCCCUCCUGUUGCCUCUGUCUUAAUCGUGAAUGCUCCAGUGUGUAGCAAAAGUUUCAAAUCAAACAAAGCCGUGAUGAUCAUAGUAGCUCUCAAGCCCUUUUAGCUGUUGUAAGUUAUAUUGUAGUAGCUGAUCAUGAGACUUACUAUGAUGUUGAUAGUGAUAAUUGAAUCAGUGUAAUAUUUCAUAGAGAAACUCAACAAUGAGGUGGUCUGUCGCGUUAUGCACGUUCUCAAGCCUCCCUCUGCUGGCGGUGCCAUAGAGGUGCCUAACGUCGUGAUCAAUCCAACCAUUCUGCACAGAGGCUAACGGCUGUUUCGUCUAAAGUACACUAGUGUCCUGGAAAUACGAUGACAUUGCUAAAGUAGGCAGAUAUUUAGUAGGAAAAAUGUUUGCCAUUAUGUCGGCAAAUUUACUUUAGACAGAUGGCAAUGUUGUCGUUUGUUAGCAAAGUUUGUCAAAAAAUAGCUAGCAAUGUUGCUAAGCUACUAACUCGUGAACAAUAUUAGUCAUCUGUUCACAUAAGCUUGCCCAUCUUUAUAGGUAUUCGCAUUGCUUAGGCCUUCACCCUAUUUAUAUCCAAAUUGAUCACAUGAGUAGAAACUUGAGUCAGUUUUGUCCUAUUUCAUUGUAUAUUGUCUUUUUCCUCAAUUUCAUGUAUGUUUAUUUUGUUAUUUAUUCACUGUCCAUUUUCAGGCAUCAAAUCUAUUUUCCAUUUUAGCUUUAAGCAAGAAGUGUUCUGGUUCCAUUUGUUUCUCCAAACAUUCAAACUUGAGCCGCCAUUGCAGUUUUUUUCUCUCUAUCAGCCAUCUUCAUUAAAGAUCUCUUUUUAUUAUUUUUUACCAUUGCCACACACUCGUGGUCGAUUUAAGCUACACUAAUAAUGAGACUGACUGCAUAGUUCUAUUUUUUACACAAAUAAUCGUGCAUUAUGAUGAUUUAUGGUAGUGAUCUGUUUAUUACCCUGAUCCCAGUUCUGUUUGUGCAGUCUUGCCAACUCCUGUUGCCUUGACAAUGACCAGCACAAACAGAUCUGGGACCAUGCCAACUGUUUUAUCGCCCCAUACCAGACUUUUGGUCAGUAUGUAAAUAUAAUACCAUCAUUACAGCGACAACACCAGUAGAGCUUCCAUCUAGUGGAACGAUAUCAGCUCUGAUCAGGGGUACAUUCAGUAAGGUGAAAUGUUGCAGAUAGGAAUGUGUUGAAUAGAACUGAUAUGAUUCCAAAUUCAACAUGACCGGAAAUCAUAUCUUCAUCUGAACGUUUUGUAACAUUGCACACUCCUGAACAGCCCCACUUUAACACAAAUUAUGCAUCGGAGGCAAUGCUUGCCACCACAUUUGAAAAGAAUUCAUAAAUGUAAUGAGAUUUUGAGAUGUUAGCUUUUUCCCCACCUCAAUGUGAAUUUCUGGGUAUAAAAGCAGUAUUGUAGUUGAUAGUGUGUCAGUAGUUGAUGAGAAAAGGGUAUUUUGUGUACACCACAGCCCUUGCUGAAGUUGAAGGCAAAUUUGUGAUCCCAUCUUACUUGAGGGUGACCAUAACCCACUAUUGGAUAUAAAUAUGUAGGUUUAUUAGGUAAGACCCUUGAUAGUAAUGUAUUAUCUGUAGCAUUAUCAAGAUAGUGUUCACAUUUGGCUGUUGGAAUUGUCCCAAUUUUCUAUGAAAGUUGUCCCCUUCAUAGACGUUCUGUGGACUGAAAGCACCAUACGAAGCAUGAUGUUGAGCUCUUUGUAAAAUGUGAUUUUUGCAUGAUUUUUUAAUAUUUUUUUUUACUUGCAAGGCGGUCCCAGAAUUAUAAUUGCCUAAAAUCAACCAACAAGGAAGAAUUUGGAAUUUGAGUCUUACAGAAAAACCUAAUGUUUUUCAUAAUACAACCGAUUUUCAUUUAAUGAACAUUCAACUUAAUUUUUCAUUUUUACCAUAAUUCUAAAAUGGGGGAAAUGUCUGUCAGUUUAACGAUGUAUUUGAUUUGCUGAAUAUUUCAACUGGAAAAUAGAUGAUGGUGUAUGAUGUGGUGGUAAAAAAUGGUUGAAAACCAGCAGGAUUUGUUGUAAGCUGCUUUGUUGGAUAUGGGCGUCUAAUACAAAAACCUGGCUAAUUGUACAGAGAUGGGGGGAAAAAAAGAAAAAAAGUUUGUAUAAAAGACUUAUUUUUGUACUUCAUCAAAUCUCUACAUGCAUGUCAGCAAUAAACUUUGAUAUGGAAAAAUA